UCAUGGUUUUAUACGGACAUAGACUUUGUAAAUAGAUUUCGGGAAUUGAUAUACAUACAUCGAUCAGGCUUUGACCUGCUGGCAGAACUACCGAAUUCGUUCCUCUUUCCGUGCAUGUGACUUAGUUUCAGCGUAACAUCGAUGCCUAGUUUCUCGCCGAUCUUGCCGUCCCCGACACAGGUCGAGUCACUAGUAGGUACUUUAUUUAGAGAGAAUUGGCAGCCUCGUUCGAUUUCCAUUUCAAGGAGGAGACGGAGGCCCGGAACACCACCAUUCCGGUCAGUUCUUGAAUAGUAUCUGGUGGCGGUUUCGGUCACCACCACCGUUUACCCAGCACGUCACUCGCUGCAUCUUUGUGCAACCUGUACGACCUGUGCAACCCAGCUGAACCCGAACUCUGAAAUAUGGAGCACACAUGCAGGGUUUGUAUGAUUAACUUGCAUCAUCACGCCCGGAGGAAAUCUGGAGAAAGAAACAUAUCCUUCCAGUCUGCAGCGUCGAUGCAUAUUCCAGAAAGGAGCAAGGUGACUGUAAGCACCACAGCCCGUCGCGUGGGCUUUUCUUGGUGUGUCAUUUCGAAUAACCAGACACACAAAGAACCACGGGGAAACUCUGUCUGACAGGGAUGACAUAUCUUUUCCCCUCGCCAACCUUUCCCAUUCGUGCUCCGCGCCAGAAAGACCCGAGGGAUUCCGUCUUACAUGCCAAGGGAGGGGCCAUUCUGACUAAGAGGAAACCUGACCAACUCAGGCAUCGUACCACGGUCAGUUGUGACCUUCCAAGACUUCAUCCACGGAGCGGGAAAGGUGCCAAGAGGGGGAGGAGGGUGAAAGAAGAGAAGAACGUGAAGAAGCGGGUGGAGGAGAUUUAUUGGCACUUCAAGAAGCCAAUGUGGCAGUUCCCCCGAGCAAAGAAAGAGUCUACCAUAUGGCUUCUUACCGAUCUAUGUGCCUGAAAAUUGAGGACAGACGGGCAGGAGAGUGAGACAUUUGAAAUGCCAUGAUGGGGGAUGACUAACAAAGGAUUCACCAAAAAUGCAUCGGUCGGCGCGGGGUUUUGAGUGGGUGACAGGGGAACUGUGGUGUAUGGUUACCGUAUUGAGACGGUCGCUAACUUACUAGUAGCCCACUGCGUUAUUUGACGGCCUGUUCUUGCACUACUAGUGAGACUAGUAGGUUACUGACUGGGGUUGAGUGAGGGGAACCAUGCACCGUGUGUGCAGGGACUUCUCUUGCAACGGUUUGACUUGUACUUGUAGAUACUGAGUGGACUGAGAUGUAGCAAAUAACAGCCAUUGUAGUAACCGCAGUGAUGGUUAGCAGCCGAGUGAAGGGCCAAAAAGAGGGCAGGCAGACAUUUACACACACGCCACCA